AUGAAGGCCUAUUUGCUACAACAACUGGUAUUUUUUCUUAUAUCUUCGAGUCGAACUCAUAGUUAUAUUUUGCUUUAUAACACUGAAAAUAGUCCAUCACCAUUCGAGUAUUAUGAUUGUAUCUAUUAUAAAAACGGAUCUGUCAUUAAGUAUUGUCGUCGUCCAGAAUAUCAAAAUACAUUGGAACGUGCUAACCAUUCAUCAGAAUCAGCGUGUCAUAAUAAUGGUAGAUAUUAUACGUUUCAACAAUUAUUCGAACUUAAAAUAGAUGCUAAUGAUAUAUUGAAAUGGAGCUCAUCUAUUGAACAAGCUGAUCACUAUGCGGCUUAUACAUUCACUCGCAACCGUCAGCUAUUAUCAACUGAUGCUGCCUUUUUAUGUAAUUGUACUCUUAGUCCACUAACAUUUGGAAAAUAUUGUGAGUACGGACUACCAUCACAUCAAACAACAUUUCAUCAAACAGUUGUUGAACAAUUUGAAUUAAAACGAAAUUAUGUACAAAAUAGUCAGCAGUAUGGAAAUAUUUUAUGUUAUCAAAAUUUAUUUGAAUGUGAUUAUGGUAUGCUCUGUUUGGAUUGGCGCAACAUAUGUGAUGGUGAACAACAAUGCAUAGAUGGCACUGAUGAGGAAAACUGUGAUAAAUUAGAAUUCAAUGAAUGUGACCUGGAUGAAUAUCGCUGUUCAAAUGGCAUGUGUAUACCCGAUGACUAUUUUCUUGAUGGUAAGAAAGAAGUGAAGUUCGAAGAGAAAUGA